UGGGAAGCGAUGUUGCCGAUACUUUCCAAAAAUUGUGUGUAAUUUUGUUGGGGUUAUCUAUAAGUUUACAUAGCAGUAACACGUCCAUCGAGGUGAAGAUUAUCAACGGUCACAAGGCACCAAGCCUGGACAAUCCGGUGGUGAAUGUGAGUGAUUCUGGAGAAAACACAGUAAAACAGGGUUUGAAGAGGAGGAUUAGGUAUCAUGUUCCAAAGUUUAUGUUGGAGCUUUACGAGAAAAAUAAAAGCGCUGGUAGAAGUAAUAGUGAUAGACCUGACUUGGUUCGCAGUCUAAUUCCUACGCAAGCAGAAAAAUUAGAAGAAAAUGAUAUUUUAGAAGAAUUAUCUGAAAACCAUGUUUUAAUUUUUGACCUACCACAAUCAAGCAAAGAAGAGAAAUUUAUUGCAGCUGAAUUAAAAAUUUUGACAGAAGUAAAAAUUAACUCCAUUUUUGAGGCAGGAGUUAAAAGAACUUUAAAAAUAUCAAUUUACGAUGAAAUUAGCAAGCAAUAUGUGAGCCUUAAUCGAUUGGAAGUACAUCAUUUCAACAACACCUGGAUCUCAUUUAAUUUAACUAAAGAAGUCAGCGAUAUUCUUCAAGCUAGAUCAAGUAAACGCUUCUUAAAGCUAGCUGUCACCAUUUCAUCAUAUUAUCAUCAAUCAACGAACAACUUAAAACUAUCAUUAUUACCGGUGAUUGAAAACUUCGAUCAUGAUUAUCCAGUAUUACUUCUGACUUAUUCUAUUGAGGAUGAAAUAAACAAGAAGCUUAUAGUAUCAGAUGAAAAGAGAGAAAAUGGGAGAAAAAGAAAGAAAAGAAACGUCGAAGAAGAUUACGAGGAAGAAACUAAUCGGUUAUGGACUGAUGACUCCUUGAAGAAAAAUAUAGCAAAGAAAUAUAAAAGGAAUAAUUGUAAAAGAAAACCUUUGUAUAUUAAUUUUAAGGAGAUUGAAUAUGAUUUGUGGAUAGUGCAACCACCAGGUUAUGAUGCUUAUCAAUGCCAGGGAAGAUGCUUCUAUCCAGUAGCCGAGCAUUUAAGUCCAACCAAACAUGCCAUCAUGCAAGCUCUGAUCCACAGCUACAAUCCUCUAAAAGCCUCGAGAUCUUGCUGUGUUCCUACUGUGCUGGAUUCCAUUUCUAUUUUGUACAUUGACGAUAGAGGAGUGUUAACUUAUCGAUAUGCAUACAAGGAUAUGGUGGUUUUGGAGUGUGGUUGCAGAUAA